AUGGUCCCUCCAUCGCAGAAUCUCAAUUUGGACAUCACUGCCAUUAGUGGAAUUUGCGGGUCAAUAUCAAUCGCGUGUUGGGUCGUUGUCUUCUCGCCUCAGAUCGUUGAGAAUUUUAGGAGAGGGUCAGCUGAUGGGUUGUCGUUGCAAUUCAUCAUCGUCUGGCUUGCUGGCGAUGUAUUCAAUAUCCUCGGCGCCGUGCUACAGGGCGUUUUGCCAACGAUGAUCAUCCUAGCAGUCUACUACACAAUAGCAGACAUCGUCCUGCUCCUCCAAUGCUUCUACUAUCGCGGCUUCACCUGGCACGACGAAAUCGUGACUUCAAAACCCUCUCACGUUGGUGAAGCCACCGAGCGAACCGGCCUGUUGGCACCAAAUCCCGACCGCUCCCGACGUUCCAGCACCGUCUCAGCGAGCCAUCUCUCGCCCGUGGUACCUCUUCUCGAAGCACCCAAAGCCUCCGAUCCCCCGGCCCUCACGCAUCUUAAACCAACAACUCGCCUCCAAGCCACGCUCUUCAACCUAAUCGCCAUCCUCAUGGUCUGCGCCGCAGGCGUGAUGGGCUGGUACGUAAGCAACCGCUCGCAGGGCGGGCAUUCCUCCAAGAAGUCAUCCUCCUCAGAUGACAUCCUGAACUUCAACCUCUGGGGCCAAAUCUUCGGGUAUUUCUGCGCCGUGCUCUACCUCGGGUCCAGGGUACCCCAAAUCCUUUUAAACUAUCGCCGGAAAUCCACAGAAGGCGUUUCCAUGUUAUUCUUCCUAUUCGCAUGCAUUGGGAAUUUGACGUACGUGUUAAGCAUUUUUGCGUACGAGCCGCAUUGUAGCGGCAAGCGUGGCCAGUGUAGGGAAGGAGAGGCGGCGAGUGUUUAUGGACGGUAUAUUGCUGUUAAUGCUUCUUGGCUAGCCGGGAGUCUGGGCACGCUGUUUUUGGAUCUGGGGAUCUUUGCGCAGUUCUUUUUGUAUAGGGAGCAGGAG